AUGAGCACCGGUUCGAGGCUUGAUCAACUAUAUCAGGGUGGAAUCAAGAGAACCCAGAGCAAGGAUGUGAUAGAGCUGAGAAUUAAAGAAAAAGAGAAAUGGGAAAAAACUUUAAUGGCUUCAAAUAAGUUGGUUGAACAAAAAGGAACAAAGUUAUCCAAGUCACCAGUAACUCAGUCAACAAGUUGUCUUUUGCAAUCCAGUUCUUCAAUAUUCUUAGCAGCAAGACCUUCUAAGGUGAAGCAUGAUAAAACAGCCAGAAAGAGAAAGCAUAGUACUAUUCCAACAUCCGAUUUAACACGUGCGGUAAAAGAGCUUGGCCUGUGUAAGACUGAUUCUCAUGGAUCAUUAAAGUCCAUACCGUUCCCAAUUGAAACAGAGUUACCAGAACUAAAAAUUACAACACCUGUAUCAUCAACAAUUAAUAGCUUAGAAAGAUUUCUCCUUUAA